AUGGGGGCUUAUCUGUCGCAACCUAACACGACCAAGACCUCCACCGAUGGCGGCAACAGCAACAUGAGCUACGGUUUCUCUGCCAUGCAGGGCUGGCGCGUCUCCAUGGAGGAUGCUCACAAUUGUAUCCUAGAGUUUGAUGAGGAGACAGCCAUGUUUUCUGUUUAUGAUGGACAUGGAGGUGAAGAGGUGGCUCUGUACUGUUCGAAGUACCUUCCUGACAUCAUCAAGGAGCAGAAGACCUACAAAGAUGGCAAACUGCAAAAGGCUCUGGAGGAUGCCUUCUUGUUCAUCGACAGGAAAAUGACCACAGAGGACGUCAUUAAGGAGCUGGUCCAGAUCGCUGGACGACCCACUGAGGAGCCUCCCGUCGUAAAGGUGUCGGAGGAGGACGAUUUGGAAACAGAGGAGGCAGCUUUACUCCAUGAGGAAGCCACAAUGACCAUAGAGGAGCUGCUGGUACGCUAUGGCCAGAACCUCAAUGCUGUCAAGCAUGCAGCUGCCAUCAGUGCGGCGGCGGCUAAGAAGGCGUCCUGCUCGCACCGUGAGUCCUCGGGAGAAAAAGGGGAAGAUGGCAAAGGACAGAAGGAGGAGGUCAAUGGAGAUGUGGAGGAGGAGAGCAAGGGGAAGGUGAAGAAGGUCGAAGGAGUGGCAGGAGGAUCUAAGCUGCGAGCCUGUCGGAGAACAGGAGGAGGUGGAGGUGAAGCCAGCGGUGCAGCAGCCGACUGUGGAGGGUCAGGAAGCUCCAAUGGAGAAGAAAAGGCUGGUAAGGCAGAGGGAGACGCAGGUCCCUCCUGCUCCUCUUUGUCCUCCAAGGCUGCAGGAGAUUCCAAGUCCAGGUUUUUUGACGACAGCGAGGAGUCUGAGGAAGGAGAAGAGGAGGGCAGUGAUGAGGAUGGCAGCGAAGAGGAAGAGGGUGACAGCAGUGAGAUGGAAGAAGAAGAGGAUACAGAGGAGGGAGAGGAAGACUCUGAAGAUGAAGAGGAGGAGGAAAUGUGCAUUCCUGGAAUGGACGGCAAGGAGGAGCCUGGCUCAGACAGCGGCACCACAGCUGUCGUGGCUUUGAUCCGAGGAAAACAGCUGAUCGUGGCCAAUGCUGGAGACUCUCGCUGCGUGGUGUCUGAGCGCGGCAAAGCUGUCGACAUGUCUUACGACCACAAGCCAGAGGACGAGCUGGAACUAGCUCGCAUCAAAAACGCUGGAGGGAAAGUGACCAUGGAUGGACGGGUCAAUGGUGGACUGAACCUCUCCAGAGCUAUCGGUGAUCACUUCUAUAAGAGGAACAAGGCUCUGCCUCCAGACGAGCAGAUGAUUUCCGCGAUGCCAGACGUCAAAGUUCUGACGCUUAACGGGGACCACGACUUCAUGGUCAUCGCCUGCGACGGUAUCUGGAAUGUGUUGAGCAGUCAGGAGGUGGUGGACUUCAUCAGUGAGAGGAUCAAACCAGACCAGAGUGGCAAAGUCAGAUCCCUCUCAUCCAUAGUGGGAGAGCUGCUGGACCACUGUUUGGCCCCCGACACAUCUGGAGACGGGACAGGAUGUGACAACAUGACCUGCAUCAUCAUCACCCUGCUGCCACACCCGUCCACUGCUCAGCCAGACGACACGAUGAAGAGGAAGCACCAGGAGGGGGCAGAAGGAGUUGAGCCGGAAAAGAACGGAAACGACAGCAAAAAAGCUAAAUGCGACUAAAGGCAAAGAGAAACUGACCCAGAGGGCGCAGCUGGUCCCAGAUACACCAGAGACGCAUUCUGUUCAAACGUUAGUCCUUGCCUCACAAACAUCAUUUCACCCUAAAGCAGAGGUUUUAAUUGCUAUACUUAUGUUCAAAGAUCGGCUGAGCUAAGAUCAUCAGUAUAGUUUUUUGUCCUCUGUUUUAUGCUGAUUCUCACUUGAACACCCCCUCCAGUUUUUUCUUUUUAUUCGGUCUCGCUGUAAAGAAGCUAGACACUCUUUACUUCUUACAUAAUGCUGAAUAGCACAUAAUUUUCCAAGUAUUUGUAACUAGAUGCAGAAUAAACCAGUCUAUAGAGAUUAAUGUGUAUUUCUAAACAUUUUGGAGACGUCCCACCGUCUCUGCAGACAUGCUCUGCCCUCUGUUGUUGACAUAUUUUCCCACAUGGCGGUUUCACAGUUGCGUUUCAGUGGAAGUUUGAGAAUAGCUCUCGUAGAGGCCUGUGUCUGCUGUUCACAUUUUACAGUGUGAUACACACAUUUUCAUUGCAGUUUUGCAAUACGAAACAUGCAAGUUACUUUUCCCAAUAUAAAAUUGCACGAUGCUUUCUGUGUUGUCCAAAUUCCAAGGCAUUCAUUGUAUCUCAAAGUGCCAUAAAAAUCCUGAAUUCCCUUUUUAUAGGCAUCAUUUCACAUCCUCAAGUGAACUGAACCCAGAGAAGGGACCCAAAAAGAUUUGCGUAAAGGUAACAGUAGAAAAAGUGAUUGAAUGAGAGGAUGUUAUUGUCUUUUGUAGCCCCAAUUAAAGAUGCAGCAGAGUGCACAUGCUAGUCCAGUGGCACUGAAUGUGUUGCUUCCCUGUUUCAGGGAGUAAGAGAAACUAAAGAAUGUGGGGUAUUAUUAGUCCAGUUGUUCUUGUUUGCCAUUUAUAUAUAUUUUCCCCCCAUUACCACGCAGUCACAAGUGAGGAUCAUUUUUUUUUUCAGGCUUGCUGGUCACAUAACGGCCCAAUCACCAACAAUACAUCACCAUCAUCUUGCCUUCUUUUUCCUUUCCUGCUUUGUAUCUUGUCUUGAUCAAAAUCUGUACAUUUCCAGACGAAGAAAAGAUGGCAGGGGUUUUUGAGUUGGUGUUACUUUUCAUCUGUAAGAUCUGAUUGCAGGGAGACACGGAUGUAAAAGACUUUCUGCCUUUUAUGUCUGUGUGUCCAUCCAGAGAGAGGUGGUGAUUGCAGCCCUGGACACCACUCACUUUACUCUCCCUGUCUGUCCCCUCUAUUGUAACAGCUUGUUUAGAGCAUCUCUAGGACAUGUGUUUUAAGAAAAAAGUAUUUCCACUCAAAUGUUUUCAGUUAUAGGCAGUUUUUUUCUUUCUUUUUGUUUAUUAUUAUUUUUGCUAGCACCCUCUGAAAAAGCCCUGACGCUGGACUGUGGAGAGGAUGCACAAGGUUACUUUUUGAGUGGAAAUACAAUUUGAUUUUCAGAACACCCAGACAGUGUAGCUGUUCAGAAGAUUAUUUUCAUCUUAAAUUGCAGGAGCCUCAUUUAAACCCCAUUGUGUGACUACGUUUGUUUCUAGUGUACUAUCUUGUCACCAUGCCCUUUUCUGUACAUACUUUUUUCAAUACUUGUAAUUGAAGAAAAAGAAAAAGCGUUUUCUUUGUAAUUGUGAGUCAAUGUGACAUUUUUGGUGCAUACUCUUUUGACACCAGUAUGUAAGUACAUACAAAUACAUUUUUUUAAAUAAU